GGAAAAUCACUAUUUGAUAUCAUCAAAUCAACAAGAAUUAGUAAAAGAUCUUAAUACCCUCCUCACCUCUUCUUAAUUAAAACCCCAGAAACCCUAAUCCCACACAACCACCCCUCUAAUAAACCCCCCUCCCCCUCCCCCUCCCUCGAUAUUUCAUAAUAAUCUUCCUCUCUUUUUCUCUCAUGGGGGCACUGACCCUUUUCUUCUAAACCCCGAACUUCCCCUCCACCCCGUUACAUCAAAACGGAACGUCUCUAGUCAAAAAAAUAAAAAAAAACCACAGUUAUUAUCCAUGUCAGAUACAAUAGACGACGGUAAAUCUCCAAGCGUUGCUGUAAAUAACGGCGCGGAAGGUACCAAUACCAUCACUACCACCACCAGUAAUACUACAGAUGAUGGAAACAGACCACCAAGAUUACCAAGAUGGACAAGACAUGAGAUACUUGUGUUGAUACAGGGAAAAAAAGUUGCAGAGAAUCGGGUCCGUAGAGGUAGAACAGGUACCGGUUCUUCUUCAGCUUUUGGUUCAAAUCCGUUGGAACCGAAAUGGGCUUCCGUUUCUACGUACUGUAAACAUCAUGGGGUUAACCGUGGUCCGGUGCAGUGUAGGAAACGAUGGAGUAAUCUUGCCGGGGAUUUUAAGAAGAUUAAGGAAUGGGAAAGUCAGAUUUUGGAAGAGACUGAGUCUUUUUGGGUUAUGAGGAAUGAUUUGAGGAGAGAAAGGAAAUUGCCUGGUUUUUUUGAUAGAGAAGUUUAUGAUAUUUUAGAUGGUGGGGUUGUUGCACCCUUGGCGGCCACCGGAGAUGUUGUCGAGGAGGAUGUAACGGUGACGGCGACUCAGGAAGAUGGUGGGGGAAGAGUUGUUGGGGAGGAUGAUGGUGUUGUCCAACUGUCUGGUAGCGGUGGUGGUGGUGGUCAAGAUGAGAGAGGAGGAGGAGAAAGUCACAAGGAGACUUGUUCAAAGAUGGUUCCACCUCCUCAGCCUAUGCCAAUUUCAGCAGAAAAGAGAUUUCAAGUGGCAUAUAAAGAUUCUCCCAGUCAAGGCCCGACGAAUGAAACUCAGGCACAAACCUCUAAUCCAGAUAAAAGAGCGUUUGUAAGUUCAUCAGAAGACGGAUCUAAGAGAAGGAGGCGAUCAUCACCUUCACCAGAUAGAGGUCGGGGUGGUGGUGAUGUGGAGAAGGAUCAGCUCAUCAGUAUGCAGGAACAUUUGAUAAAAGUUUUAGAGACGAAUAAUAAAAUGCUGACUGCGCAACUUGAAGCUCAGAAUUUGAAUUCUCAGUUGGAUAGAGAACAAAGAACAAAUGAUACCAACAGCUUAGUUGCUGUAAUUAGCAAACUUGCCGAGUCUAUCUCGAAGAUUGCAGACAAGUUAUAACAAACAAAAAAGAAGAAGGCCAGUAGCAAGAAGAAUCUUCAUUGUCAGAGGAGGGGGGGUGUGUAUAGCAGAGUUAGAGAUUGAAGGAGAAAUUUUAAAUACUAGUUUGAAAAUUUUCUUAUGAAACAAAAUAUAGUAGGCAUCAAUCAUAUUCAUUAUAGAUAGAGAAAAAUUGGAGGGUGGGUUUGGAAGAUUUGAACAAUUUUUUCCUUUUCUUUUUCUUAUUACAGUUUAUACUUAUUGGUUUUUGAACAGAUGAUUUGAGUUCUAUUCUUUGCACAGUUUCCUUUUAAGUGUCUUGUAUUC